AUGUAUAAAAAAUUGGAAGAUCAAAAAGUUGAUGAAUCUACAUGUUCUAGUUAUUGUGAAGACUUAAUUUAUAUGGAUGAUAAACACGAAGAUUUUAACUUACUUUGCGUCAAAAUGGCAACUAAUUUAAAGGAGUUGUCAACUAUUCUGAGUGAUGUACCUUUGCAUGCUGAUCGUUGCACAUAUUUCAUAUUUUGGGUAUAUGAGAAAAUAAAGAAUAUAUUAAAUGAAAAUUCGAGUAGCCAUAGUAAUUAUUAUGCUAUUAAUUUACUUAAUGAAGUAUUAUAUACUAUUAAUAAAAAAUUGCCAUUAGAUCAAAAAUGUUCGUAUUAUUUUGAUGGCACCUUAACUGACUGGAAAAAGGAGAAAUACCUCCACGAUUAUUUUAAAAAUAUUGAGGAAAUAAAUAAAAAUGUGGUUAACCUCCCUGAUAAGUGUGGUACAUAUUUGGAAUACCUUAAGCACAUUUGUGAUCUGUAUAUGAAAGAUUUAAAAUCUUGUUGCGCAUAUUAUACUAAUUCUAAUCCGCGUUAUUUAGAGAUGUGUCCAAAAUAUUUUAAAUGUGGAAAGGAAUAUUUUCCGUAUAGUCUCAUAUCAAAGUUAAGUUGUAAAAAUGAGAAGACUUAUACAAACGUGGAUGAAGCAUUUAAAGAUUUAAUCGUCGAUCACGAUGUUGUGAUGCUUACUAGGAUGAGUAAUCCUACUGCAUCAAAUUAUUCAUUAAAUGGUUCAUUGCAAAAUUUAGUAUCACAUUUAAUGGGCGACCGAUUUAACAGUGCGAUGUUUUAUAGCUAUUCAUUUCUUGGAAUAUCUUUCCUUUUCUUUUUAUUAUAUAAAGUAAUCAAAAACGAUGUUUUAUGUGAAUAA